AUGCCCGCCCCUGCCCCGCCGCACAAGGCGAGCGUGCUCCACAUCGUACUCACUCGUCUCGCCGCAAUCAGCGUUCUCCUCGGCCUCUCCCUCGUCACUUGGACUUACCGUCGCGCUUUGGAGCCUCAGUAUGGCUCCGCGCCCACCAACUUGCACCUGAGCAAGGUCGUCUGGUCAUCCGCCAUUCUCGGCAGUUUUGCUCCCGCUGUCCCGCUGUCCCGGGCAACACUUGGUCUAGGGCUUCUGUUGUACGCAUUUCCGACUGCGACCUACUGGAGUGCGGCAUACACCGCGCGGCUCGGUGACGCCCUGUGGGGACCGGUUGCGACGCACCUCAUCGUGCUUUUGCCGGUGCUGUCUCUAGGAACGGCUUUGGUCAAGGCACUGCAGGAAGCACCAUACGUCAAGAAUGAUCCGAAUGCACCUCAAUCCGCCAUCACCCUGCCUGUUAGCGCAACCGCCGUCAACGCCCUCCAAGGUCUUUGGCCGGCCGUUCCAUACAUUGUCAACCUGCCCAAUGGUCAGGUCGCUCUACAAUUAGGCACGCUAGUUGUCACCUUGUGGGCAAUAGCACCAUUCCUACCGAGUAUCAGUCCCCCGCCCGCGAAGGCACAAGCCCCCGCCACGCCCACUCCGGAGCCUUCGAAGGGGAAGAAGAAGAAGGGUGCGACGGAGAAAUCUACCCCACUCCGCCAAUCAUCGCCUCCGAAGCCCCAGAACGACGGUCGUUUCGACCGAAUUCGGAUGGCUCUCAUCCCCGUACUUCCGUUCCUGACCUCGACUCUUCUGCAGCCUCCUACUCUCCCGCACCCGCUUCUGCAGCCUUACGAUCAUCCAUCCUACCCAUUGCGGAUCCACUCCGCCGUCGACUCUGCCUACUCCAGCAUCGUAGUCGUUGGUGAGACAAUAGCAGAAGGCAUGGACGCGCUCAAUGGUAUCAACAACAUGCGUUUUCUCAGGGCUGGUCACUCCCUCCUCGGCGGCGUCUGGGUUGGGCCCAAGGCCAUCACAUUCAAUGAAGACCCCUUGCCAGAGGACGAAUCGGGGCAGAAGCUGGGAGACACAAUAUACAGCGCGUUCGUCCUUCAAGAAGCCGCUCUGUUGGCAAAAGACAAGCCCCAGGAUGCCCUUAUCAUUGGUCUAGGCACUGGUGUCACAGCGAGCUCGUUCAUGCGGCACGGAAUCUCGACUACCAUCAUCGAGAUCGACCCCACCGUGUACGACGCGGCGCGGAAGUUCUUUGGGCUUCCAGCUUCAGAGCCUGGACAAGUAUUCAUCGAAGACGCCAGAGGCUGGGUGCAUAAUCGUAGCGAAACCAACGUCGCGAAUCCUUCCGACGUCACCGAGCAAACGCAAUACGACCUCGUUGUACACGACUGCUUCUCUGGCGGCGGAAUCCCGGCACACCUAUACACGGAAGAAUUCUGGAAAGAGCUAAAGGGCAUCGUUCGCCCAGAUGCAGUGAUUGCCGUUAAUUUUGCUGGCGUCUUGGAAAGUGACUCCGCGAAGGCCCUCAUUCUCACCCUCAAAACUUCCUUCCCACAAUGCCGGGCGUUUUAUGAUGCCAUCGAAACUCCUACUAAUAUUACCACUGAGUUCCAAAACUGGGUCUUCUUCUGCACGCCUUCAUCGGAACCCUUGACAUUCCGUGCGGCCCGCGAGUCCGAUAUCUUCGGGUCGCAUCUUCGCCGUCAUGUCUUCACGGGCCUGCCAAACCGCGAGAGCGACAUAUCGGUAGUCGGCGACGAUCUCCCUGAAGAUAAACGCAAUCGUUACAUCCUCAAGGACACCCAGAACCCGCUGGGAGAAUGGCAAGCGGAGGGCGCCAUGCAUCACUGGGAGAUCAUGCGUCAAGUAUUGCCAGAUGUCAUCUGGGAAACAUACUAG